AAAAAAUUUCGGGGGUCUACUUCUGCGUUGCUGUCGGUGUAGUCUCUCUUGUCUUGUUCAACUUCAAAAAGAAGAUGCCGGUUGUGAGGCACCGGUAACUGCCUCAACUCAAGAUCGAGAGGUGAUCGGUGAUCUUCUUCCUUCGUGUCUCCGCCAAAAGAUACAGAGAACUCGACAAUCUUUCCAAAAUUUGGCUUGAUACUAUUAGGGCUGAAGGACAGAAACUUGAACGCAUUUUGGUUCUUUGUAAUCCAAAUUUUCCCUCUUCUUCUCCCUCUAUUGUGAGAGAUUCGAAUACUGAUCCACUCAAUCAGAGCUCGCAAACACUUGCAAUCCGCAUUCUAUUCUUCUUCUUAUGGAUAUAGUGAAUGGGGCAAAGAUGGAACCUUCUCCAAGUUUAAUCAAUAAGAUCUAUGGUGCCUUCUCUGAUGGUGUACAUUUUGUGACACCAAUCUCCUCUUUGAGGACAUAUGAAGUUGACUUGGUACGAGGUGUGUUACAUAUAUUACAAGGUUUUUCCAGUUCUUUAUUUUUUUGGGACAACGUCAGACAGAAUUUUCAUGCCAAAAGUGGGAUAUAUGUUACUCAUCUUUCGCAGACAAGUCUUCAUGUCAUUCUUAAUCAAUUUGUGUAUGCUGCAACAUGUCUAAAACGGGUAGAAAUUAUAGUCAAUGAGGUGGAGGCAUCUGCCAGAUUACCUUCCCCUACUUUGAGGGCAUUUGCAUGCUCUGUUUCAGCUUGGCUUAAAAGAUUACGAGAUAUAGCUUUGAAGGAGGAAGUAUAUAUAAACAACUAUGACGGUGGAACUGCUCCAACUCUCUUGGGUUUGUCAAGUUCUUUAUCAAGUAUUUGCUCAGGUGCAGAAUAUUUACUGCAAAUCGUGCAUGGAGCCAUUCCUGAAGUAUUUUUUGGGCCUGAUUCUUCUGUUCCGGCUGCUGAAAUUGUUGUUCAUAUUCUUGACCAUCUUUACAAGAAGCUCAAUGAAAUUUGUCCCGUGCAAGGUGGUGAGGAGGAUGCAUACCGGAUGCUGCUUUAUAUAUUUGUUGGGAGUCUGUUGCCAUAUAUUGAGGGUCUUGAUUCCUGGCUUUUUGAAGGAACACUUGAUGAUCCCUUUGAGGAGAUGUUCUUUUAUGCUAACAAAGCAAUUUCUGUUGAUGAGACUGAUUUUUGGGAGAAAAGCUAUCUGUUGAGAAGAAUAGCUUAUCAAAAGCGUGACGUUGCUUGUGCCUCUAAUCGCAUACCUUUAAUGAAUGAUAAGAAGGAAAUGACAGGAAGAGAACCAAAUUCUCUGUCUAGCUCGAUAAAAGGACAAGAACAGAACAAUAGAGAUGUUCAAAUCUGUCCUCUGUUUAUUAAGGAAAUAGCGUCAGCUAUUGUUUCAGCUGGAAAAUCAUUGCAGCUCAUCCGACAUGCUCCUAAAAAUUUUAAUUCAUCUGAAGAGCGGAUAUUAUAGAAAUUGGUGAUUUGCGGAAGUUUUACCAAUAAUAAUGAUUCGAGUGAGACUUGUGAUGGGCGGAGCAUGGAUGGGUUAACCUUGUCAGAGGUAUUUUGUGUAUCAUUAGCAGGUCUUGUUGGGAAUGGUGAUCAUAUCUCUAAAUACUUCUGGCAAGAUGAGCCAUUAAACUCCAAAAUUGCCCCUUUGUUUCAACUUUUUGUGGACAAGCACAAACUUGAAGGAGGGAAUGGUGAGAACUUGCCAGCCAUAACAUGUUCAGAGAAGGUUUGGUAUAGGUUCUUGGUUGAUACAUUCUGUCCAAAAAGACAGAUCAAUUCAGAAUCUGCUUCUAAGGAUGCUACCAGCUGUCUUAACGUGAAAGAAAAAAAUAUUGCUGCAGGUGGCAUGGAUGAUUUUCCCCUUGUGAACUCAUUCUGUCCUGAAAAUCCAGUCAUCGCUGUAUGCCACAGCUCCCUUCUUGAGAAUAAGGAUGCAUGGAGUGCAUUGAACUUGUCUGAAAGUUUCUCUCUUCCGCCUCUUAAUGAUGAGGGCUUAAGAAAUGCUAUUUUUGGUGGGAAACACGAACCAUUUCUUGCAGCUAAAGGAACAAACUAUACUUUUGGUUUUCAGUUUGGUGAAUCUGAACAUAUUCGUUCACAGGAUGACACAAAGAUGUUAGAAGUCUUAUUUCCAUUUCCAACUCUUCUUCCUUCUUUUCAGGAGGACCUCUAUAUGUCAGAGUUCUUACCUUUCCAGAAAAAUAGCACUCUUCCAUCCAGAGUUCUUAACUGGAUUCAAAGUGUUGAACCAAAAGCUACUCCACUUCCUAUGGUUAUUCUAUCUGAUUGCCUUGUUGUCUAUAUCAAGAAGCAGGUUGAUUAUAUCGGCAGGAAUAUAUUGUCAAAGUUACUUUAUGAAUGGAGACUGAUGGACGAACUGGGAGUAUUACGUGCUAUAUACUUGUUAGGUUCAGGUGAUUUGCUACAGCACUUCUUGACUGUGAUUUUUGACAAGCUGGAUAAAGGAGAAACCUGGGAUGAUGAUUUUGAGUUGAACAUGAUAUUACAGGAAUCAAUUGCCAAUUCUGCCGAUGGCAUGCUACUGAGUGGUCCAGAUUCUUUAGUUGUGUCUUUCACCAAAAAUCAUGGUCUCAGUGGUGAUGAGCAGCAUAAUGCAUCUACUCUUGUCUCAACUCCUCGUAAAAGCCGUGGGAAGAGCUUUGGAAUUGAUGGCCUUGAUUCAUUAAAAUUCACAUACAAGGUGUCUUGGCCACUUGAACUUAUUGCUAAUGCAGAAGCAAUUAAAAAAUAUAACCAGGUGAUGAGUUUCUUGUUGAAAGUCAAGCGUGCCAAAUUUGUGCUUGAUAAAACUCGGAGGUGGAUGUGGAAGUGUAAAGGCACUGCAACAAUCAACCGCAAGCGUCACUGGUUAGUGGAACAAAAACUUCUCCAUUUUGUGGAUGCUUUUCACCAAUAUGUGAUGGACCGAGUAUAUCAUAGUGCAUGGCGUGAACUUUGUGAAGGUAUGGCAACAGCUGCAUCUUUGGAUGAAGUCAUAGAAGUACAUGAGGCCUAUUUGUUGUCAAUUCAGCGCCAAUGCUUCGUUGUUCCAGAUAAGCUGUGGGCAUUGAUUGCCAGUCGGAUCAACAGUAUCCUUGGAUUAGCUCUAGACUUCUAUUCCAUACAGCAGACACUCAUUAGUGGUGGAGCAGUUUCUGCCAUCAAGGCUAGAUGUGAAAUGGAAGUGAAUCGGAUAGAGAAACAGUUUGAUGAUUGCACUGCCUUCCUUCUCAGAGUCCUAUCUUUCAAGCUCAAUGUGGGGCAUUUCCCUCAUUUGGCAGAUUUGGUCACCAGAAUUAACUACAACUACUUCUACAUGUCUGACAAUAGCAACUUGAUUACUGCCGCUGUCUCAGAAACCAUCUCUUCAAAGAUGGGGAAGGCCUUCGCUGUUAGAACAGACUGACUGGAGUUGCUUGGAAUUGUUAAGGAUGCCAUCUACUUGUGAGUUAUUGCAUUGUUUGUACAGAAUUCAAAUUAAGCAUAUUAUGCAUUAUAUCUAUGCAAACUUUUGAGUUCUUCAAAUUAAGCAUAUUAGAGCAUCCACAAUGGGAUAGCUAAAAUUGUUUGUUAAAGUGUGUUAUAUGACAAAAAGUGAUAAAAGUGAGGCCCAAAAAUGUUUGUUAAGA